UUUCUUAUAUUAUUUUUAUUUAUAUUAUAUUUUAUCAAUAAAAGUAAGGGUUAUAAUGUAAAUCAAACAAAUCUUAUUACAUACAAGUUGAAGGGCUAAACGUGCAAUUUAUAAGUAUUAUGAAAUGUUUAUAAAUUCACCCAACUCCGACCACCGUGCUUUGUAAAUUCGCUCUCUUCACGACGGAGCCGCCGCAAUGUUUUUUCUGCAAGUUCAUACGGUGGACAACGACCACCCUCUAACCGUCGGAAUUCCGCUGGACGAAUCUUCAACUACCAGCACCAUUUCUCAACGGAACAGUACAGCUUCUCACGCCAACACGAAAUUUUGCGAACGAAGAGGUAUCGUUCACUUAUUCCGAAGCGUUUCGAACUCAUCUCUCCCUAACCCUAGCUCCCAAUCCACGAUUCUUUUUGUUGUUGCUGUUCCGAACUAUCUAUCAUACGAUGAUUUCGUCACCUUCUGUGGCUCUCGCAUCAACCAUGUCUCCGAGCUUCUCUUCAUCAGGAACGAUGGUGUGGAAGAACGAUACAGUGUUUUGAUUAAGCUUGGAAAUCUAAUAGAUGCUGAUAAGUUUUUUAGCAAUUUGAAUGGCAAGAAGUUUUCUCCCUCAGAGGCUGAGGUAUGUCAUAUUCUGUUUCUGAUGUCUGUCGAGUACACAGAAUCAGCAGAGGUAGCCGGGUCGCCUCCCGAUGGAUGUACGGAAUUGCCUACUUGCCCCGUUUGCCUAGAGAGAUUUGAUCCUGAUACUAGUGGGAUAAUUCACACAUUAUGUGACCAUUCGUUUCACUGCCUCUGCAUUUCAAAAUGGACUUCUUUAUCUUGUCAGGUCUGUCGUUUCUUUCAGCAGCAGGAUGAGAAACAGGCAUGCUUCAUUUGUGGAACUGUGGAGAAUCUCUGGGUGUGCGUGAUAUGUGGCUUUCUAGGAUGUGGAAGGUAUAAGGAAGGUCAUGCAAUCAGGCAUUGGAAGAAUAUGCACCACUGCUAUUCUCUUGAUCUAAGAACACAGCAAAUUUGGGAUUAUGUUGGUGACAAUUACGUUCACCGCUUGAACCAGUCAAAAGUUGAUUGUAAGUUUGGAGAGAUGAAUCCACACUGUAUGUCACAUGAAGGGGAGUGUGGAACCUGUGAAUAUGAUGAAAACUCCGGAAUCAAUGAGGCCCUCUACCACAGUAAAGUUGAAGCAAUUGUGGAUGAAUAUAAUCGGCUUCUUGCAACACAGCUGGAAACUCAGAGACAAUAUUAUGAAUCUCUGCUGGCAGAGGCCAAAAGCAAAAAGGAAAUUUCCAUUUCUGAAGCAGUGGAAGAGGCUUUAAUAUCCAAAACUCAAGACAUUCAAGACAAACUUGAAAAAUGCGUCAAGGAGACAAACACUGUUUCCGAAGUAAACCAAAAGCUAGUCAAGAAUCAAGAAAUGUGGCUGGCUAAAGCAAAGCAAAUUGAAGAAAGAGAACUGGCUUCGUUGAAAUCGAGGAAUGAGAAAAUACAUGAUUUGGAAGAGCAGAUUAGAGAUCUUACGGUCUACAUUGAAGCUCAAAAGACACUCAACAACAUUACAGAUUCAGAUGACAUAAAAGGAGGAACACUCUUGCCUGUACCUGCAAAGGAAUCGUCACCCGGCAAUGGCAGAAAGAAGAAAGGUAACCGAAGGCGAAGUUAGAUAGACAUGUGCUCUUGUAUGAACUCACACACACAGGUUCAGUUAGUAAACAUUUUUUACUUAAAGCCUUAAAACUAAAGGGGGAAAUUCUUACUUUGAUCCAUGUUCCAUUUUGCUGCAAAUAUAUGUAUAUAUAUGAUGAUUUGUUGUCUCAUGUAAAGCAAAAAGGUAUUAUAUAUUAUUGUAUACAUCAUGUCAGUAGUUGGUGUAUUGAGUCUUCGUGCAUCCAUUCAAGUUUUUGCUCAUUUAUGUAUUUUGAUGUCAAGGUUAGUUUGCUGUAAAUUAGCUUUCUCCAUACUAAAAUUGAUAUUAUUUUAUUAUAUACAAACUUUAUACUUUUAACA